AGCUCAGUGCUUUUGUAUGGCCCCACAACAGGUCAUGCCGUUAGGUCGAGGAGGUUUAGACUAUAGCUACGUCUCCGAUCGUCAGAUGCCUCCGCCGGUAUCUUCAUCGGCAGCGGCCCCGGAGUCGCCCCCUCGUGGGGUCGGUGCGAUGGGUGGGCCGCCUCCACCACCACAGAUACCCCAUGCGGAUGACAUGCCAGCCCACGGUGACUAUAUGAGAGCGCCCGUCCCUCCUCCUCAACGGCAGCCGUAUCCAGCGCAGGGCAUGCGCGUGCAGUACAGCCAGCAGGCUCCUGACAGAGACCUGGCCGCAUCGAGGGAUUACCGACCGAGACAACAAGAGAUAGAUGAGUCAUUAAGACGAGACCUACUCCGUUACAUCUUCGAGCAGACAUCCAAUGUUCAUGUUCACAAUGAGGAAUGUACGGCAGCUCUAAUGCAGUGCUUGACACAGAUGCUCAAUGCUCUUGAAGUCGGCAUCCAUAAAACGGAAGGGCGUGUGAUAGAGAAUAUGACGUAUAGUGCUGAGCUCCAACAUGACAUCGGCAAAUGCCUGUCGAAGCUUGACGGUGUGACAAGAUAUUGCAGGGAUACUGAGACGCAUUUAGUUGAGAACUUGGCAGAGACAAAGGGCAGUGCUCGCAGUGUGCUGCAGCGCUUCGAACAGGACGGUAACAAGUUGGACAGUAUACAGACACAUUUGACGCAGCUAGCGAACCAAGUCCGAGACACUCCGACUUACAACGAUAUGAAGACCAAUAACGAAGAGAUGAUCGCGGCUAUCUCUUCACGUUUUGCGAGUUUGGACAGCACUCUGCAGAAGCUCGCAGAAAACGUAUCACAAGUGAAAGCUCAGAAUGUUACGCUCACUUCGGCUCUCACGAGCAUCAGCGAACGGCUAAGUUGGCUGGAGAGGGCUGACCAGGAUCGCCUCAGACGAUUGAGCGCAUCGAGCACUGUGAAAACUGUGCCGCAUAUGGGGAUGUCUGGGGGUACUACUAUGGUCGGCAGUGAGGUGGACUUACUCAGUAGCAACGACUUGUCGUAUGGUACUGCUGUUGAGGUGAAGGAGCAAGGCUAUGAGGGAUUGAUGGGCGCUAGAGAUACACAUCACGAUAGAAUAGUGGAGGAGGAGGAGGAGAAUCUCCCUCGGGCCCCUCCGAUAGCGCCGGUGGUGAUGGAUUCGGGGUUGCCGCAGUCGACUAUGCAUAGAGAACUGCCAGGGAGUGAAAGCUCCUAUAAUGGAGAUGUGAAUCGGCUCAACGGGGAGCGGAUGCCGGAGUGGCAUGUUAGCGAGGAGGGGGUCGAGGAAGCCACUGCUGGGCCCCUCACGGCAGUUGCCGUCGAUAGUAGUCUUGUUGAGGGCGAGGUCGAUAUUGGAAGUGCCUCUUGUUCGAGUGACAAGAGUCGUGGAGUGGAUUUCAAUGCUGAGUACACGAAGCCAUUACUAAGUCCGCAACAACGGGAAGUGCCUACUAACACAGUUGUGAGCAUCGAUCGAGAGCUCCCUGUGGGGCCCUCUGGGGCGGCAUCCGAACCGCAGUCUGAUAAGGAUAUUGUUGGAGACGUGGAGUUACCGGUGGCAUCAUUCUCGGCGGUCGGCAAUGGUCCUGCGAGGGAGACUGCUGACGAUCUUGUGAAGGCAAUGACUGAGGAGGGGCUGGAGGUAGAGUGUGACGAGCAGGGGGUUGUUUGGAAUGCCGGCAGCAUUGGCGAUCGUAAUGUGAGGGCCAAUAGUAGUACACAUAAUGGUUCGAGCGACCCCUCAGGGGACAACAACGGAAUGCGCUUGCGCGGUCUUAACCUUCUGUCUGAGCACGCGCUCUUGCUGGUGGAUUUUGCGACGCGGGUCUCGCGCAGCUCGUAGCUCUGGCAUCGCCCGAUAGUGAGGAUCUACGAAUUGAUGUUGCUAAGCUUCAUGUGGAGGGUCUUGGAGGAGAACCAGAAUUAACUCGUGAUUUUGCUCGUAAGCUCCUUGAUGUCUAUCAGUCUAAUAAGGCUUCUACUGGGCGGGUUAUCAAUGAUCUCACUGAGUGGCUUGCUGAAGGUCCUCUAGAUGGCGUGCUGUUGUAGUCAAUUCGAUAUCGUUAUUCCGCUGCGUAGUGCAACUUAGUGCAUACACUCCGUGAGUCAAGCUUUGCCCUCGGAAGUAGCUAUGAUAAG